ACACGCCGAUAACGUAGAUACAACAAUACAUUACACCACAAGGAAGCUAAGUUCGGAUCAAAUCAGUCUUUUGCAUAAUGGAUCCUGAAAGGGUACGUCCUUCAAGCGCUCACGAUUCGCCCUUCUGGACUACAAACUCUGGUGCUCCAGUCUGGAACAACAACGCCUCUUUGACUGUUGGACCCAGAGGUCCAAUCCUACUGGAAGACUAUCAUCUGAUCGAGAAACUAGCCAACUUUGACAGGGAAAGGAUUCCUGAGAGGGUUGUUCAUGCGAGAGGUGCCAGUGCCAAAGGUUUCUUUGAAGUCACUCAUGACAUUUCAAACCUUUCUUGUGCUGAUUUCCUUCGAGGCACUGGUGUUCAGACUCCUGUCAUUGCUCGUUUCUCUACUGUAAUCCAUGAGCGUGGCAGCCCCGAGACUCUCAGGGAUCCUCGUGGUUUCGCCGUCAAGUUUUACACCAGAGAAGGGAACUUGGAUCUUGUUGGAAACAACUUCCCUGUCUUCUUUGUCCGAGAUGGAAUGAAGUUCCCUGACAUGGUCCAUGCGCUGAAACCAAACCCCAAGUCUCACAUUCAGGAGAACUGGAGGAUACUGGACUUCUUCUCACACCACCCUGAGAGUCUUCACAUGUUUUCAUUCCUGUUUGACGAUGUCGGCAUCCCACAGGACUACAGGCACAUGGACGGCUUUGGUGUCAACACUUAUGUCCUAAUCAACAAAGCUGGAAAAGCUCAUUUCGUGAAGUUUCACUGGAAACCCACUUGUCCGGUUAAAUGCUUGUCUGAUGAGGAAGCUAUCAGAGUUGGAGGAACCAAUCACAGCCAUGCAACUAAGGAUCUCUAUGACUCCAUUGCAGCUGGGAGCUUUCCAGAGUGGCAUAUGUUCAUUCAAGUCAUAGAUCCUGACCAUGAAGACAAAUUUGAUUUUGAUCCACUUGAUGUUACAAAGAUCUGGCCUGAAGAUAUCUUGCCUCUCCAGCCUGUUGGCCGCUUGGUUUUGAACAAAAACAUUGACAACUUCUUUAAUGAGAAUGAGCAGCUUGCUUUCUGCCCUGCUAUUGUGGUUCCUGGUUUCCAUUAUUCAGAUGACAAGCUACUCCAGAGCAGGAUCUUCUCCUAUGCUGAUAGUCAAAGGCACCGUCUAGGACCAAACUAUCUCCAACUACCUGUCAAUGCUCCAAAGUGUGCUCACCAUAACAAUCACCAUGAGGGUCUCAUGAACUUCAUGCACAGAGAUGAGGAGGUGAAUUACUUCCCUUCAAGGUUGAACCCGGUUCGCCAUGCUGAAAAAUACCCUCAAAAUCCUAUUGCCUGCGCUGGAAACCGUGAGAAGUGCAUGAUCGAGAAGGAAAACAACUUCAAGCAGCCAGGGGAAAGAUACAGAUCCUGGGAUGCAGACAGGCAAGAGAGGUUCGUGAAGCGUUUUGUUGAUGCACUUGCUGAGCCUCGUGUCACGCACGAAAUCCGCAGCAUUUGGAUCUCUAACUGGACUAAGGCAGACGAAUCUCUUGGACAGAAACUAGCCACUCGUCUUAACGUGAGCCCAAACUUUUAAAGACUUAAGAAUGCCCCCGUAACAGAACAUGCUCCUCGUACGCAUUGGUUUCGAAGUAAUCUCUUUGGUAAUAGAUACAUAAAAUAAAGCAGUGACGAUAAAACUUUUAUAGAAGGGUAUAUAAAUCACUUCCAGUGCUGAGAUAUUCAAAAUAAGUUUCUCAGCUAUGAACUAUUUUGAUAUGUUUUUUGUUAAAUAAUUAAAGCCGUUUGUAAACUGAUAAAUGGUUAGUAGGUUCCUAUAAGUAUUCUAUUUUAUUUUAUUU